UCAUGUCCAAAUAUUUUGACCGGGAUUCCGCGGUUUGGGAUAUUAUUGACUUCCUAAAUGAGUAUGAGGCAGAGCCAUUUGACUCAAUCAUAGAUGACUAUUUAAAAGAUCUCCAACGCAUCGUUAACAGUGAGCAAGGAAAAAGGGCCGAAAAGGCACAGUUACUUAUAAAAAAUUAUAGAGAGGAAAGUAAAUAA